AUGACGACUGCUUUGGGUUGGCAGAUCUCGCCCUUCAGUUGGCUGACCACCACCGCACUAACACUCUUGACUUAUGCUGCACUUCGGAUUAUUUUUAAUUUAUUUCUGCAUCCUCUAUCCAAAAUUCCGGGUCCAAUCACAUGGAAAGUAUCCCGCCUGCCUUUCAUCUGGGCUCUUCUAAGGGGCACUCUCGUCCACGAUGUUGAGCGGCUGCAUCGCAAGUACGGCCCCAUCCUCCGUAUUUCGCCAAACGAUGUCACCUUUGCCCACGAAGAUGCCAUAAGGGACAUAUUGGCGUUUCGUAAAGACCGCCUGCCGUUUUUGAAGGAUCUCACCUGGUGGAAGGCCAACCCUGGAAUGCCAGAUUCUAUGAUCAGCAUCAUUGACCCAAAGCAACAUGCACGGAUUCGCAAUCUCUUGGCGCCUGGAUUCACUCCGUGUGCUUUGAAGGAGCAAGAAGAUAUUUUGCAUCUUUAUGUCAAUCUUUUAGUAGAAAGAAUCCGAGAGCUCGCGGGCAAAGAGCCUGAAAGUGGCGCCGUCAUCGAUGUUGUGCGCUGGUUCAACUUUACCACGUUUGACAUCUUUGGCGAUCUUGGUUAUGGAGAAUCAUUCAACUGCCUCCAAGAAUCCAAGUAUCAUCCUUGGGUCGCUCUUCUCUUCAAGAGUGUCAAGGCAGUGUCUUUCAUUGCAGCAGCACGAUUAUAUCCCGUAAUCGAACGCAUACUCUUCAUGUGCAUCCCGCCUUCUUUGAGAGAGAUGCAAAAGAACCACUGUCAGCUCAUUUCUGACAAGGUAAACCGGCGGAUGAACUUUGAGCUUGAGCGACCUGAUCUUAUGUCUCAUGUGAUACAAGGCGCAGAACGUCAAAAGCUGCCGCAAAGCACUAUUGACACCACUUUCAUGGUGCUGACAAUCGCCGGCAGUGAGACAACAGCGACAGCGCUGAGCGGCACUCUCAACUAUCUUGUCAAUAACACAGAUAAGCUCGAGAUUUUGAAAAGUGAAAUCCAUGAGGCUUUCCCAGCAGAGAAUGACAUCAGUCUCGAUGCUUUACGCCAGCUGCCAUAUCUUAACGCUGUGAUUAACGAAGGACUCAGACUCUGUCCCCCUGUCCCUUGGAUUAUCCCAAGGAAAGUACCCGAGGGGGGCGAAACUGUGUGCGGAACAUGGCUUCCAGGAGGAACAUCAGUCUCGGUCCAGGCAUAUACUCUGAACCGUGAUCCGGAACAUUAUCACUUGCCCACGUCGUUUCACCCAGAGCGCUGGCUGCCUGAUGCUCGCACAAAUCCAGAUUCUCCCUUCUUCCACGACCGGCUUGAGGCCUUGCAACCCUUCAGUGAAGGGCGUGAAUCUUGCUUGGGACAACACCUGGCACUGGCGGAAAUUCGUCUCAUCUUUUCCAAGCUGCUUUGGUCAUUUGACUUUGAGGCACUAGAGGAUCGUAAGAUAAAGUGGGAGGAUAUGAGGACAUUUCUGAUAGUCGAAAAGAAGGCUAUUGAGAUGAGAGCAAAGUUGAGGGCUACAGCUUAG